GAAUGGAUAAAGAGGCAAACUUGCGAAAGCUCCGGGAGAGUACGCAUUCCAGGUUCGAUGAAAUGGAUAAAGAGGCGGAAGAAAGAAAACUAUGCGUCAUAAAUAAGCGUCUACUUACCGUUAGUCAUUGCUAG